AUGGGAGAGGAUAUGUUCUGGGCAAUCAGAGGCGGCAGAGGGACCAGCUUCAGGAUUGUUCUAGAAUUCACGGUGACGCUAGUCUCCGCCCCGGAAACUGUCACUAUCUUCAGAGUGACACGAACGUUGGAGGAAAACGCGACAGAGCUAGUGUACAAAUGGCAAUACAUCGCCCACAAAAUCGACGAGAAUCUUCUCAUCAGACUUUUCCUGGAUCCAGGAAACCGUACGUUCAUGGCGUCGUUUGUCACGCUCUACCUCGGUGGGACCCGAGAUCUUCUGGCCAUAAUGGAAGAACAGUUUCCAGAACUCGGAUUAAGUACAUCAUACUUCAUCGAGAUGAGCUGGAUAGAAUCAGCUCUUUUCUUCUUGAGAAUUGAGAAUCGGACGGUGGAAGUUUUGCUUGACCGGACGCCGUCGAGCGGUUUCGGCUCCGGCUACUACAAAGGAAAAUCCGACUACGUGAGCUCUCCGAUGCCAGUGAGCUGCCCGAGAGAGAUGUGGAGGUUUCUUCUAGAAGAAGAAGGAUAUGGCGAAUUAAGAGUUUAA